CUACCAACUUCUCUUCGUCGUCGUGGUUGUCAUCAUUUCUUCUUCUUCGCCUCUCGCUCUGUAAAAGCUGUCCGGACUCCAAACAUGAGGCGGAAUUGCAACCUGGAGCUUCGUCUUUUUCCUUCCGGCGAUUCCUCUCACCUCCAUGAGAUGACUGAACAAGAUAGUGAAAGCCCGCAGCAGAAUCUGCAGAAGCUCACCAUUUUCUACGACGGCAAGAUGUGUAUUUGCGAUGUCACCGAGCUUCAGGCCAGAUCGAUCUUAAUGCUUGCUAACAGAGAAAUGAAAGGAAGAGCGAGGACACCAAACGGAUCGGAGCCGUCUUCACCAAACACAGUGCCCUCGUACAGCCCAAGUAGUGGUCUCUCUAUGAAGAGAUCGCUGCAGAGUUUCCUCCAGAAGAGAAAGAAUCGAAUCCUUGAAGCUUCCCCCUACCAUCACUAGCCAAACUCAAUUUAAAGAGACUCAAUUUUUCAUUUUGUUGAUGUCAGAGAGAUUUAGAGUCGAUUACUUUUUGGGCGAUAUAAAUCCCUUAAUUGGUCCUCUUUUGAAGGGCUUGUAAAUUAUAUAUAUGAAUAUAUGAUCACUUAAUUUGUAGCUCGGUCGGGUAUUGAAGUUACUGAAUUUCUUGAUUAUUAACGUCAAGUUUAUUUCUUUA